GAACUCUUGGGGAAGCAGAUUGCUGGUGCUGCGGCUGGUGUGGCCUUCUCCGCCCUUGGCACGGCGCUCAUCGUGGUGGUGCUGCGGCUGGUGAUGAAGUUGAGGAUCCCUGAGGAACACGAGCGCAGUGGCAUUGACCAGCACACACAUG